AUGGAGGCAAUCUUGGAGCAGGCCAAACAGCUCGAGGGCGCCAUACGAGAUCUGGAGCAGAGGAAACUACAGCUGCAGAAAGAGGUGAAGAGCCUCGAAGAGGAGUGUGAGCUGAAACGCGGGGAGUUAGCGGAUCACACGCAGCGCUAUGCGGAGCUGAAUGAGUUUGUCCCUGCGGGGGAUGAGGUCUUGACUCUGGAUGUGGCAGGUGAGAUCUUCCGCGUUUAUCGAUCCACCUUGCAACAGGUGGAAGGCUCAGUGCUAUCCACCUUAGCUUCGGGACGCUGGCCGAAGCCCACAGGAAGUCCCACUGAUGGACGAAUCUUCCUGGAUUGCAAUCCGAGAUUUUUCAGGAGAUCCUGGACUUUCUCCGGGAGCUGCGCAUAA